UUCUUUUCCCCUCUCUUCCCGAAUCCCUCCUUAUUUCGACCUCGCCGCCGCCACUUCAUCAAAAUAUUCAACUUCCAUCAAAUUUCAUCCCUUCAAAAACUCCUAUACAUCUUUUAAUACCUAUUCAUCAUGUCUGGACGCGGAAAAGGUGGCAAGGGUCUCGGCAAAGGUGGCGCCAAGCGUCACCGCAAGAUCCUACGUGACAACAUCCAGGGUAUCACCAAGCCCGCUAUCCGUCGUCUUGCGCGCCGUGGUGGUGUCAAGCGUAUCUCUGCCAUGAUCUACGAAGAGACCCGUGGUGUUCUAAAGUCUUUUCUCGAAUCCGUUAUCCGUGACGCCGUCACCUACACCGAACACGCUAAGCGCAAGACCGUCACCUCGCUAGACGUGGUCUACGCCCUUAAGCGCCAGGGCCGCACCCUCUACGGUUUCGGUGGCUAGAUCUGCCUGCCUCCUGUUAUACAUUUUAUGUUUCGUCUUUGCGUUUUAUUUUGCAAUGCAAUGGGAAUAUGGGUCUCGGUAGGGUGUUAUUCGUUCGGUCGCUCGGGAUUUUGGUUGGGAUGAUGCCUAUCACAUACAGAUUAUGAAUCGAAUUGAAUCUUAUAUCUAGA